AUUCGGGCAUCGUUUUUAUAUAAACACCUUACUGUUUUUAAAUGGCCUUUAAUAAAACGUGCUGUUUUGUAUUUUCUGAAUGUUUCAGCAAAACACAUCAUCAAGAUCGAUGGGAAAGCAGGUCUCUUCAACGGGCUCGGUCCGAGGCUCUGCGCCGGAUCCAUCGGCACCAUCGUGCACAGCAGAGUCCUGCAGAAAUGUCAGGAACAGGGCACACCUCAGGUAAUGGGAGGUCACAAGGCUGUGGAGGGCUCCCUACAGCACGUUGUUAACGAGACAACCAAAGAGAUGAUAGCUCGCUCCUGCGCCACCAUUGUCACACAUCCCUUCCAUGUGAUUACAUUGCGAUGUAUGGUCCAGUUUAUUGGGAGGGAAACAAAAUACAGUGGAGUGUUGGACUCCAUCAUCACAGUCUACAGAGAAGAAGGCGUACUGGGCUUCUUUGCCGGUAUGAUUCCUCGCCUGCUCGGCGACAUCCUGUCUCUGUGGAUUUGUAACCUGCUGGCUCACCUCAUCAAUACAUAUGCCAUCGAUGACUCGAUGAGUCACACAGGAGAAAUCAAGAACUGCUCUCAGGCUGUGACCGGGUUCUUCGCCAGUAUGCUCACAUACCCUUUUGUCCUGGUGUCAAACCUCAUGGCUGUCAAUAACUGCGGGCUUGCUGGAGGCCUGCCUCCAUAUGCAUCAGUAUAUCCCACCUGGGUGGACUGCUGGAGGCAUCUAAGCAGAGAGGUAAAAAUAUCACAUGCCAAAAUAUAUUCUGGUGUUUUUGGCCAUUUUUGCAU